UUAGCAUUUUACAGUCAGACGCGUCUUACUGCUUAACUUAUAAAGACAUGAUUUCUUUAGAAAUUCAACAUUUUAGUCUAAAUCGAAUUCUUUUGCUUAGUAUUGGUUUAUGGCCCUACAAGCAAUCAAAACUCGUUUUUUUACAACAGAUCUUACUUUUUGGGCUUCUGAUAAGUUUUGUCAUAUACCAGCUUAUCAUAUUUUUCAUCACGGAAUUCACAAUUGGUUUUGCCAUCACAGUAUUCUCUUUCAUAUUAUUUUAUAUUGUAUUUAUAAUUAAAUACAAUUCAUUUUUAAUUAAUGGUCAAGCCGUAAAAAGUUUAUUGGAGCAACUUAAGCAUAUUUGUAACGAGCUUAGAGACGAAAACGAAAUUGAUGUUAUGAAAAGAUAUGCAAGCAAUACAAAACGUUAUACAGCUAGAAUUAUACUAUUUACGCUCGUCGCUCUACCUACUAUUGUAGUGAUGUCAAUGUGGCCAUAUAUUCUCGACAUUGUUAAACCCAAAAAUGAGUCUCGAUCAGAUUUCUUGAUGCAACUCUUGACUGCGCACUUUGCGAAUCCAGACAAAUAUCGUUAUUUAAUAUUGCUAUACGUGAAUACAACGUUUUGCGUAGGGGGAAUUGCAACGAUAGCGACAGGAACGAUGCUCAUCGGUUAUCUUAAAUAUGCUUGUGGAAUGUUUAGAAUUGCGAGCUACCGGAUUGAACGAGCAAUGACGAUUAACAAUUUACACAAUAAUUUUGAGAACGAAACUGUGACUUAUAAAAGGAUUAUUUACGCUGUAGACGUACAUCGUAAAGCUAUGGAGUUCUGCAAGUCUUUCAUGUCCAGUUUUGAAAGAACGUUUUUCGCAUUAAUAGCGGUUGGUGUGAUUAAUUUAAGCCUCAAUCUUUAUCGAGUUUUUCAAUCCGUAUCAGAUGGAAAUAGCAAAGAAGAAAUCAUAAUACAUUUCAUAAUUGUAAUUAUCUCACUUUUAUACAUGUUUCUAGCGAACUAUGCUGGACAAGAAAUUACGGAUCACAAUAAUCACAUAUUUUCCACCGUAUAUAAUGUUGAUUGGUAUAUAGCACCAUUGCAUACACAGAAGAUAAUAUUAUUCCUGUUACAAAUGGGCAACAAAGCUUUCGGUCUGAAUGUGGGAGGAUUGUUUAUAGCAUCUCUAAAUUGUUUUGCAUCACUGGCAAGUGCAUCGAUAUCUUACUUCACCGUUAUAUAUUCAACGCAGACGCAUUGACGUGUGGAUAUAUUAUCUAAUACUCUAUUAAAGAAUUAAAUUUAUACGACUUACCGAACCGAUGCACAACGAACGGACAUACUCAAUCACGAAGCUGCGGUGGUACUGUAACACACAAACACAAGAUUUAAAAAUUAAAACUGGUAGUGGAUACCCUAAUAUUAAAUAUUAAAAAUUUUAAUGUUUAUAUUAAAUGUUUUAUUUUUUAAACAUUUACCCUUAUAAUGUAACAGUUUGAAUGUUUGAGUAACAGACUUAAAUAAUGCUUACAUAUAGUAAUCCCAUUAUAUUACUAUUAAAUAGCUUUUUGUUACAAUUUAAUUUAAAAAUGAACUAGAAGAUAUAUAAAAUUAUAAAAAGUGUAAAGUACACAUAUAAAAUUGCACAAGAAAUAUUAGCAGGAAGAUCCAACUGUGACCUAAUAAGACUCAUUUUUAAUUAGAGGUGUUUUUACAAACCAAUCUAUAUUCUCCUAUUACUUUUUAUUACUUUUUAUCAAUAUAAAAUUUGAAUACAAAAUUUUUUAAAUAAUAUAUUACAAUUACUAUUAUAUUGUACUAUACAUACGUAUAUUAUAUAUUGUUAUAUUGUUUUUUUAAUA